AUGCCGUUGGACCUUUCACUAUACCUGGUUACAGACUCGACCCCGGCGAUUCUCAAGGGUCGCGAUCUCUGCACCGUUGUCGAGGAGGCCAUCAAAGGCGGUGUGACGAUUGUGCAAUACCGGGACAAGACCAGCGAUACCGGUGAUCUCAUCGCCACGGCGAGCAAACUGCACCAAGUGACCCAAAAAUAUGGGAUACCCUUGCUGAUCAACGAUCGAGUGGAUGUGGCACUUGCGAUCGGUGCGGAAGGGGUGCAUUUGGGUCAGGAUGACAUGGUUUUUGAUGCAGCCAAAAAGCUUCUUCCCAAGGGUGCUAUCAUUGGGAUUAGCACUUCCACGGUGCAAGAAGCGCAGAAAGCGAUCGCGGAUGGAGCGGACUACAUAGGAAUUGGGACGAUGUUUGCAACUUCGACUAAGACCAAUACAAAGUCGAUUCUCGGUACCGCGGGGACACAGGCGCUCUUGAAAGCCAUCAGUGACUCCCCUGUGGGCACGGUCGCCAUCGGCGGCAUCAAUCACAGUAAUGUUCAGCGAGUGCUCUACCAAUCCAGAUGCGAUGCAAAGGGACUCGACGGGGUGGCCAUCGUCAGCGCCAUAGUAGGCGCCGAGGACCCCCAAACAUCGGCCGAGAAAUUUACCCAUUUGAUCAAGAGCACCCCUACCUUUGCCUUGACUUGCCAGACCUCUCGAGCCGACGAGGUCGACGCCCUGCUGCGAGACGUGCCAGCAAUUGUGCGCAAAAUGACCGAGGUGCAUCCGUUGGUGCACAACAUGAUCAAUUUUGUCGUGGCGAACUUUGUGGCCAACGUUGCGCUUUCUAUCGGGGCGUCGCCGAUCAUGGCUCCGUAUGGCGAUGAGGCGCAGGACCUGUGCAAAUUUGAUGGAGCACUGCUCAUCAACAUGGGGACGCUGACGAGCGAGAGCGUGUCCAACUACCAGAAAGCCCUCCAAGCUUACAAUGCUCGCGGCAACCCGGUGAUCUACGAUCCGGUCGGAGCAGCUGCUACUGAGAUCCGUCGCAAUGCCGUCUCGACUCUCAUGGCCGGUGGAUACUUUGACCUCAUCAAAGGCAACGAGGGUGAAAUUCGUCAAGUCUGGGGAAGCGGUGCUGUCCAGCAGCGCGGGGUGGACAGUGGGCCCAGCACUCUAGAUGAACAACAAAAGGCCAGGCUGACUCGUGACCUGGCCCGCCGAGAGCACAACGUCGUUCUCCUCACCGGUGCGACCGAUUACCUCAGCGACGGUGAACGUGUGAUUGCUGUUGAAAACGGCCAUCCGUACCUCGGCCGAGUCACAGGGACCGGAUGCGCCAUCGGCUCUGUUUCGGGCUGCUUCUUGGCGGCUCACCGUCCCGACAAACUUCUCGCCGUGCUGUCUGGUCUUUUGAUGUUCGAGAUUGCUGCCGAAAAUGCUGCUUCCAAGGAUUAUGUUCGCGGACCGGGUAGCUUUGUCCCUGCUUUCCUGGACGAGCUUUAUGCAAUUCAAACGGCUGCAGCCAAGGGGGAUGAGAGCUGGCUGGCAGGUCGUGCCAAGGUGCAUGAAGUGAAAGUGUAA